AUGGCAUACUCAAUGUUAACACAUCAUCUAAAUACAAAUGUGAUGACACAUAUAAGCAAAAAUUUUAGAAUUAAUGGCAGAUUAGUCAGAUUUGCUAGACUAAAAAAGAAGGAUGUUUCUACCAACGAUAUUACUUUAGACAGCGUGGAGCAUAUGCUUCAUUCGACACCAAAUAUAAAUGACUUGCCUGUAAUUCGACGCCCAGGUGAAAUUGUGGAGAUUAAAACACUCAUACGAAAUUAUUGGUCCUUUCCGGCCAUUGGAUUCAAUUCAGUGCUCGAAUUGCCGGUAUAUAAAUUUGAACAAGGCCAUAUAGGCCAAACAAGACCAUCUAUACCUAUUAGAUACACUAGGGUACCAAACGAAAUAUUUGGUGUACCAAUUAGACCAGAUAUAUUGCAUAGGUGCUACUACUACUACAGGGGCAUCAUGGCUGGGUACAAUGAAGAUAUGCAACUGGCCAAAUAUGAAUGGCCUGGUAGUAGCAAAAAAUUUAGAUGUGGACAGAAGAGUGGAAAGGCUAGGAUUGAGAGGAGGAAGUCAAUUGGCAAAUAUUUGGGCGUCUAUGCUCAUCCCAUUAGGCCCAGGGAUUAUGCAACUAAAAUUAAUAAAAGGGUGUUAUUUAUGGGACUGAAAGUAAUGCUAAGCGCCAAAUUUGCACAAUCUCAGAUUAAGGUUGUUGACAAUUUCUUAAUAGAAUCUCAUAAAACGAAAUAUGCAGUAAACUAUCUCCGUAACAUUUUAGGUUUGAGCUGCAACUCUGCUUUAUUGGUAUUUGACGGCUAUAGUGAUUCUAACGAAAAUUUUCGAUGGUCAACGGCCAAUAUCGCAGCUGUUAGAAGGGAAUCGGUUGAGGGUGUGAAUGUUUAUAAUUUGUUAAAAUAUCGCCAAUUGGUGAUAACUGAGAAGGCACUAACAAAACUUAUUUUUUAUAUUGAUAACUUUCCUAGGGAGAAUGAUUGGUUGCCCAGAUACGCCACCCCUGAUAAUAAACCAGCCCCAAUCCCCACAAAAGUAGAAGGAUGGAAUACUUUAUGGUUGCAGCAAAAGUUCAAAUUUAACCUGUCAGAUUAUAGUAGGGAUGCAUGGAAAGAGAGGAUUAAGAAAUGGAAGUGGUCAUCAGAACCACAAGGACCAUUGAAGGUGCCAAUUAAAGACGGUUUUGAUGGGUUUAGACUCAAAAAAUUCACAGUUGAUGAUGAAGACUUGAAAAAUAGAUAUACAUAUUUAUAUCAUGGUAUGGAAGGUCCAAUUGCUAUGGAUGAUUCUGAAAUCGAUUAUUAUGAAAACGAUUCAUUGAAGGAGUUUUUACAGGAUUCAAAAGAUUUAUCGGUGAUUACUCUUGGCGGGUUGCGGUCUACAACAUCUAACAAUUAA